AUGCCGCCACCCAUCGAGAAGCCUCCACCGCGGAGAUUGGACAACCUUCCCAUCGAGAUGCAGCUGCAGAUUCUCUCUAACUUGCCGCCAAGGCAACUACUCUUGACUUGCCGGCUCAUCAGUCGCCAUUUUCGGGAUAUCAUCGAUUUGGAGGAAAAUCAUGGCACUCUUGUUGGCGGCAGUAUCGCAGCGUCUCUCGACAGGCUGAACGCUUUCGUCAAGAGAUACUGCGAGGUUCCGACUAAGUCCGAGGACGGUGGCCCAGACGCGUUCGUCGACGCGAUGUUCGACUUCAUCCGGGUGCGCAGGUUGAGCAAGAGCAACAACUUCGAUGGCGCUUUUGAUGGCUUUCUAGAACUUUGGCUCCAGAGAUCAGGCGCUCCUUUCGGUAGACCUUCGAUCUCUGACCUCGCGGACGAACUCUUCGGAAUGUGCGAGUUCCCAAAGCCCUUCUUGCAGACUUCACACGGCACCUGGUUCUUCGAGGCUUAUGGCAAUAAGGUUGAGAUCAUGUGUGAUAGGAUUCAGGAUUUCUUGCAGAGUUACGAUUGCCAAUCCCAUCCGGUUGAGCCGAAGUGGCCUAUCAUGGCGAGAAGAUACUUCCCAAAGGCUGGGGUUGGUCCUGACAGUAUACGGCGCUCUCACGAUAUGGAGGCCUUGCAUCGUACUUUCGGAGUGCCAGUAUUGCCAGUCCUGUCACCUUACUACUACUGCAUCUCUUCUUCAAUGGCACGCACGAUGUGUACGCUGGCCAUGGAUGAAGGAUCGGCCUUUCCUGAGCUCUCGAAGGCUAUCUUGCUGGAGGAAAUUUCAAUCUAUUGA